ACCUGGGGACUGCGGGCGGCCGGCCGGCGGGACACACGCGGGGCGGCCGAGGGUCGCUGGGGGCCCGGAAGUCGGGGGAGAGCGAGACGACAAACUCGGAGAGAGGAGUGACCUGGGGGCCGGGGGCGGAGUCGGCGGGAGGAGGGAGCCGGGCGCGCGGCGGCCCAGGAAGCCGAGCGCCGCCCACCCAUCCGGGCCAGGCGCGCGGGAGGCAGCGCCCGGUGCCCGUCACGACCCCCGCGGUGACCCCGCGCCCCGGCCGGCCCCAGGAUGAUGAAGCGGCAGCUGCACCGCAUGCGGCAGCUGGCCCAGACCGGCAGCCUGGGACGCACACCCGAGACUGCCGAGCUCCUGGGUGAGGACCUGCUGCAGGUGGAGCAGCGGCUGGAGCCCGCCAAGCGAGCAGCCCACAAUGUCCACAAACGGCUGCAGGCCUGUCUGCAGGGCCAGAGUGGGGCCGACAUGGACAAGCGGGUGAAGAAGCUUCCGCUCAUGGCCCUGUCCACCACCAUGGCCGAGAGCUUCAAGGAGCUGGACCCCGACUCCAGCAUGGGGAAGGCCUUGGAGAUGAGCUGUGCCAUCCAGAACCAGCUGGCCCGCAUCCUGGCUGAGUUUGAGAUGACCCUGGAGCGGGAUGUCCUGCAGCCACUCAGCAGGCUGAGUGAGGAGGAGCUGCCAGCCAUCCUUAAGCACAAGAAGAGCCUGCAGAAGCUGGUGUCAGACUGGAACAGCCUCAAGGGCAGGCUCACCCAGGCAGCCAAAAACUCGGGCAGCAGUCCAGGCCUGGGCGGCCCUGGAGGCCACAGCCACGCCACCACAGCCAACAAGGUGGAGACGCUGAAGGAGGAGGAGGAGGAGCUGAAGAGGAAAGUGGAACAGUGCAAGGAUGAGUACUUGGCGGAUCUGUACCACUUUGCCACCAAGGAGGACUCAUAUGCCAACUACUUCAUUCACCUGCUGGAGAUUCAGGCUGAUUACCAUCGUAGGUCGCUGACCUCACUGGACACAGCCCUGGCUGAGCUGAGGGACAACCACAGUCAAGCAGACCCCUCCCCCUCGAUGACGGCCGCCCCCUUCUCCAGGGUGUACGGGGUGUCACUGGCAAGCCACCUGCAGGAGCUGGCCCGGGACAUCGCCCUGCCCAUCGAGGCCUGCGUCCUAAUGCUGCUCUCUGAGGGCAUGCAGGAGGAGGGCCUCUUCCGGCUGGCCGCAGGGGCCUCAGUGCUGAAGCGCCUCAAGCAGACGAUGGCCUCGGACCCCUGCAGCCUGGAGGAGUUCUGCUCGGACCCCCACGCCGUGGCAGGUGCCCUCAAGUCCUAUCUCCGGGAGCUGCCGGAACCCCUGAUGACCUUUGACCUCUAUGAUGACUGGAUGAGGGCAGCCAGCCUGAAGGACCCUGCAGCCCGGCUGGAGGCCCUGGGAGAAGCCUGCCACCGCCUGCCCCGCGAGAACCUCAGCAACCUCAGGUACCUGAUGAAGUUCCUGGCACUGCUGGCGAAGGAGCAGGAGGUGAACAAGAUGACGCCGGGCAACAUCGCCAUCGUCCUGGGGCCCAACCUGCUGUGGCCGCCCGAGAAAGAAGGGGACCAGGCCCAGCUGGACGCAGCCUCAGUGUCUUCCAUCCAGGUGGUGGGCGUGGUGGAGGCGCUGAUACAGAACGCGGACACCCUCUUCCCUGGAGAUAUCAACUUCAACGUGUCAGGCCUCUUCUCGGCCCUCACCCCCCAGGACAAGGUCAGCGACAGGCCUGCCUCCGAGGAGCUGCCACCUGUAGCUGUGCCCACCGCAGCUGCCACCCUGGCCCCAGCCCCGGCUUCAGCGGCCCCCAAGGAAAGGACAGAGUCCGAGGCUCCACCCAGACCAGCAUCCCCCAAGGUCAACAGGAGCCCCCCAGAGACAGCUGCCCCAGCAGAGGACAUGGCUCGGAGGACCAAGCGCCCGGCACCUGCCAGGCCCACCAUGCCGCCUCCGCAGCUCUCCGGCACCCGCCCCUCCCCUCCAGCCCCACCCCUGUCCCCUGGCUCUGGCAGCCCCGUGACACCCCGAGCUCUGCCCCGCCGUCUGGUGGGUAGCAGCCUCCGGGCCCCCACUGUGCCACCCCCACUGCCCCCUGUCCCCCCUCAGCCAGCCCGACGCCAGAGCCGGCGCUCGCCAGCCUCGCCCAGCCUGGCCUCCCUGGGGCCAGCCUCCCCGGACCUGGUCUCCACGGGCGUGCCUGCACAGGCGGACCUGGGAGCGACCACAGAAGACAGUGGGGUCCCCACUCCCCCAGCUGUGCCUCCUCAGCCCCGGCCCAGGGGCCUAGCCUCAGAGACCGAAUGAGCAGGCAGCUCCUCCCUGCCUGGCCCUCCAUGUCCCCUCCCUCUCUGCCUGGACCUCCCAGGACAGCCUCGCCCCUCUCAAGGGGUGGGGGCUUCCAGCCUUCCCCCCACAAGUGCCUCACUGCCCACUGGGUCGCCCCCAUGGCCAGGAGGGCUCAGGACGGUCCUCCAAAAAAUUGCCUUUUCCUCGUCCAACGUAGACCUUGGGCCCCCACCUGACUCCUCACUCUCUGGCAGGGUCCCAGGGAAGCCAUCAGAAGGAAGGACAGGCUUGCCUGUCCCACAGGACUUAUUUUUCUCUUACCAAUAUAUUUUUAUAAGGCUGGUAAAUAAAUUAUUUUGGUUAAAACUGGA